AUGCAUCGCCCGGAGUCAAGGAGUCCAUAUGCAUCGCCCAUUGUAAUUGCACGGAAGAAAAGUGGGGCAAUAAGAAUGUGCAUCGACUACCGAACUCUUAAUGCAAGGACUAUCCCAGAUCAGUACACCACGCCCAGGAUUGAGGAUGCUCUGGAGUGUUUGGCAGGUAGUAGGUGGUUUUCCGUGUUGGACCUUCGUAGUGGAUAUUAUCAAAUAGCCAUGGCGAAGGAAGAUAAAGAGAAGACAGCAUUCAUCUGCCCUCUGAGUUUCUUCCAGUUCGAUCGCAUGCCCCAUGGCAUUACUGGAGCAACAGCCACGUUCCAGCAGCUGAUGGAGAAAGCCGUUGGCGAUAUGCACCUCCUACAAGUUAUAGUCUACCUCGAUGACAUCAUUGUGUUCGGACGCACGCUUGAAGAACAUGAAGAGAGAUUGUUGAAAGUAUUGGAUCGUCUGCAAGAAUGUGGUCUCAAAGUGUCAAUUGACAAAUGCCAGUUCUACCCCAUCAAGCCGUAUGUCCUACACGUGGACGCCAGCAUGAAUGGACUAGGCGCUGUCCUGAAUCAAGAACAUCCUGAAGGGCUCAGGCCAGUAGCCUAUGCAAGCCGGAAGCUGAGUGGCUCAGAGAGACGAUACCCAGUUCAUCAGCUGGAGUUCUUGGCGCUGAAAGUGGGCUGUGGUGGACAAGUUCCACGACUAAGCAGCUGA